AUGAAAGAAAGAGAAAGAAAGGAGAAUGAAAAAGGAAGAAAAGAUGAAAGAAGGAAGGUUGAAGACUGCAGCAUGAAUACUGCGCUAUGUGAUCGUGUGAAAUGUGUAACGACUAAUUGGUUUAAUGACAGAAUAACUAAGGCCUAUCAAAAACAAACCUGGUGUCAAUUUUGGAAUACCGACGUCAAAAAUAGACUGGAAAGUCUGUCUAAGGCUAUGACCAAUACAGAGACAGGGGACUAUAAUCUAUGCAAAGACACUGGUCAGAAGACAGAUGGCACAUCAAAUAAGGAAGCAAAUAGAAAAGCUUGUGAAUACAUUGUUAAAGGUUUGGAACACAUAUAUAAGAUUGGGAAAUCUGGGGGGUGGACGAGGGAUGAUCCUGAUCAACGAAAUAAGAUGGAACGUAACCAACAAUUUGGUCAAACUAUGUCAUGCUUUCUACUGAAUGCUUACGCAAAUAAAUUGAAGGAGGAUGCAAAGGAACCGAAACCAACUUCUUGUGAUGUAGAACAAGGCAUAAAAAAAGCCUUUGAAAUCGCAGCGAGGAAGCGCGAAACGUGGUGCAAGGAUAACGGUAAUUGUGUUGAAUGUACAAGGCAAGAGAAUCUAACUUGCACAUUAGACGUGAAAGACAAUCUGUGGGAUGCAGAUGGAAGUAAAGGGUGCAUGGACGACCAUAAUAAUAUAGAAAACAAAGUAAAAGGGUUACUUGGGAAGGAUGACAGAGUAAAACGAACUCUGAAGAGCAUAUGCAGAGAUUGCACCAAGAAGGAUAAACUAUGUGAACGUUUGGAGUGCAUAGCACAUAAUUGGUUCGAGGACAGAAUAAAUAAUGCCGAGGUAAAACGGGACUGGUGUCCAUUUUGGAAUCCAGAUGCCAUAAGUAGACUGAAGGAGCUGUCUGAAGCUGUGACCACUAAUAGUGAAUCUAUGGGGGAUGAGUGUAAGAACUUUCAGGGGAAAGAUGCGUCAGAUGAUGAUGCUAAUAAAAAAGCAUGUAAAUUAAUUACUGCAGGUUUAAAGGGCAUUUAUCAGCUUCAAGAGGGUGAGACAGAGAAGAACAAGAAGAAAGCAAGGAAUAAUAGGCUAACAAGUCAAACUAUGUAUUGCUUGUUUCUGAAUGCCUAUGCGGACAAAUUGAAACAGCAGGUUAAAUCCCCCUGUAAUAUCACGGAAGAGACCAUAAGGAAGGUAUUUGAAAUCGGAAAUAGAAAGAAAGAGGAAUGGUGUGUGCAUAAGGAAACUAAUCAGAAGAAUGAUUGUGUUGAAUGUAAAAGGGAACCUAAUCUAACUUGCACGUUAGACGUGAAUGAUGACCUACGGAGAACAGAUGAUAGUUGCUAUAAGAACAAAGAUGAUAUAGGGCCCAAAGUGCAGGAAGUGUUCGACAAGGGGACGUUUGACCCAAAAAAGAAGGAAAUAGAGAAAGCUCUGGAUAUUCUAACUGAUAUAAAUUCUCUAAAUAAGGAAUUAUGUGAUCGCGUAAAGUGUAUAUACCAUAGGUGGGGUGAAAACAGAAAAGACAAUAGCGGAACGUAUCAAGACUGGGAAAAGUUUUGGAAGGACGACGUUAAGGGAUUAUUGGAAAGACUCUCUAAGGAUACACUUAACGAAAGUGAAAAAAUGGAUCAGCACUGUACGAGCCUCAGUGGGGCAGACAAAAAGGCUUGUGAAAUCAUGGUUAGGGGCUUAGAACAUAUAUAUAAAAUUGAAAGGGGGACUGACCAAAACAAUAGUCCACAGAAGAAAGACGAUAACCUCAUAUUUCACCGAACUUUCUCUUGUAUGUUAUUGAAUAUAUUCGCUGAUGAAAUGAAAGAGAAAUGUCAAGCCAAGAAGGAAGAAAUAGAAAAAGGCAUAACUCAUGCCUUUCAGCAGAGUGAAGAAAUUAAAAAAGGAAUAUCCCCAUGCAGUACUGAAGGUGAUUUGUGUCCAUUGUGCAUCAGGGAGGAGGGUUAUACAUCUUGCAAAAUAAGCCAAGGGGACAGAAAUCCAAUAGAGGACAGAAUGAAAAAGAUGUUCACUGAUAAAAACGCAAAAACGGAAGUGAAGGAAGCUAUGAAAGAAAUAGACACCAUAUGCCGACCUGAACCACCACAACCAGCUGCCACUAAACCUGCCACAACGAAACCGGUUGUACUACCAAGUGCAGGAGGAGCAGGUAGGAGUGCAACUACCCCAAGUAAUACAGGUAAGUCAGAUUCUGUACAAUGUGGAAAUGGCAAUGAAGUGGUUGGUGGCCAAAAGGAGGCCCUAAAGUGCCUUGGUCUGGACAAUGAUGGCAGCGAUAAUCAUACUCGUAGCAGUCAGGACGAGGAGGAGGACCAAGUUGCCGCCAGAAAUAAGCAUACAUCACAUGUGACUGUGGUUGACACUGGCACUACUGUCAUUGCAGGUCCUGCAUUACAGGAUAGUGAAAAGAAGGGCAGUGGUACUCUACCUCCAGGUCAUAAGGAUGCCCACACUCCAAGUACUGGUACUGACACCCAAACUCCUUCAGGAUCUAGCAAUUCUCAAGGUCCAGGUCAAGGUGGAGAAAAGACUGGAUCCGGCUCACAGGUCCCCACCGAGACGAAGCAAGCAGGAGAAGUUGAUACUUCACCUGGAACUAAUGAUGGUCACCCAUCUACACCAAACCCUCCCAAUAUUAACUCUAAACCGGAACAGACAAGUGGUAGUCAGAGUGGCCAGGAUGGUGCUGGUGUUCAGACUCCUAGUUCCGAAACUUUAACUCCUAAGGAUCCUGGUACACGCAUUACUAAGGAUGAUCAGGAUGGUGGAAAGAGUACCACGCUGAAUGAGCCAGUUAAGGAAGGCUCCAAUAAGGAACAGUUACCCAAAGCGGCGGAUAAUAAUCCAAUAGCACCACCAUCAUCACUUGGAACAGAAAGAUGGAUAACCCUUCUGACCUCCUUACCCCAUACCUUCCUACCAUUCCUGUGUUCCUUGUAUUUUACCCUCGGUAAGCGAAGACGACGUCAUAGAAGAGAGGAACACUUAACCUCUCCUCCCUUAGAUGAACAACCCCUUGCUCAUGUGGACGACCAGGACGGUCCAUAUGAAUAUACCUUAGUAAAGGAAUGCAAACCUCGUUCUACGCCCAUAAAAAGGAGGAAAAAACGGGAUGUUGGUCGCUGUCGUGCUGGUCGUCGUGGUGUAGGUCGCCGCAUGAUUAUUGAUAUUCAUUUAGAAGUCUUAGACGAAUGUCAGAAAGGGGACCUACAUUCGUCGAAGGAAAACUUUUUUGAAAUUUUGGUUCAAGAAUUUAUGGGAUCUGAACUUAUGAAAGAAGAAAACGUUCCUAAGGAAGAGGUUCCAAGUUCAGAUUUCGGGUUUAAGGUUGAUGUUCCUAGGGAACAGGUUCAAAGUUGA